UGUAAACACUACUUCCUUCUUUUAUUCAUUGAAUCAUUGAAUGAUUUGUUUAACUGUAUAAUUUUGAUCUUAAUAGUAUACAAUUUAAAUUCAAAUUAUACUGUACUCUAUUUGUUAUUUGAUCUUCAGUAAUUGAUAUAUCUAGAUCUAUAUAUAGACACAUCUAAGAUAGUGGAUCAAGAAAGUGAUCCAUUUCUUCGUGUUGAACAUCAUUAUCUUGGAUCUUUAAGCAGAUCUAUUAUAUUUUCAAUGAUUGAUAUUAGUUAUAAUAUUUUUAUGAUGUCAGCAUUUGUUAGUUUAUGUUCAUCAUCAUCAUCAUCAUCAUCAUAUAAAAAAUUAUAUAAAAGUACAACAAAUAAUUACGGGAUCAUUAAUAAUCAAUAUAUCAAUGUGAAAUCAAUUUCAAUAGAAAAAUUAAAAAAUUAUUUUUAUCGAUUAGAUCAAUUACCAUUUAUUGAUGAAAUGUAUCAAAAUGAUCAAUAUCCAAAUAUAUACGCAUCAUUUGAUGAAUUCAGUAUCAAUGGUAUGGAUAAUCAAAAGAAUUUUAUUAAAAAUCAAUCAUCUUCACAUAAAACUUCUAGUAAAUUAUGUGGUUGUUUCACAAGAAGAUAAUAAAGUGAGAUAUUUAUUUGGAAGAAAGCAUUUAUUAUAACAAAUGAACAUACUACUUACUUGCUUACUUACUUACCUACCUACCUACUUACUUACUUACUUACUUACU